GAGCACCCUGGAGCCUUCCCUCACUGGAAUGUCUCUGGACUGAAUGAACAGGCGAGGAGCAUGACUUGGUGGGACCCUGGAAGGGUCUCAGCCUCUGGAAGGAACAACCUGUCUGUCUCACCUGCGAUGCUGGGAGCCAGAGACAUUUAACAGCACUCAGAUGGCUGCCUGCAGCCUGCCCCUGGCACUGGGGCUCCUGCUGCUCCUCCAGGACAUCCACACAGCCCCACAGACAUCAUUAACCCCACCUCAUUCCUGUGACACACAAGAGAAUUGGUUCUAUGAUGAAACUUCACAAAACUGCUGUUUCCAGUGUCCCUCAGGCUCUGUUAAAAAGAAGGCAUGUCCUCGGGAUCCAGCUGAAGACUGCAUGACAUGUGGACCUGAUCAAUACUUGAACAAUGUGUCCCCAAAGCCACGAUGUGAUGCCUGUGUGUCAUGCUCAAAAGAACCGGACCUUGUGGAGAAGCAGCCCUGCUCCUUCAACUCCAGCCGCACGUGCGAGUGCCGGCCCGGCCUGUUCUGCAGGAUGGCUGUGGAGAACACCUGCACUCGCUGCCAGCUCCACUCUGCUUGCAGGCCUGGCUUUGGAGUCAAAACCAGGGGCACCUCAACAAAUGAUGUCACUUGUGAAGAGUGCCCUCCUGGGACCUUCUCUGAUCAAAAUUCCAGCACUGACAUCUGCAAACCCCACACCAACUGUGCCAAGUUGAACAAAGUAACGCUAAGGAAAGGAAAUGCCACACAUGAUCAAGUUUGCCUGGACCAGCUGCCCACUUACCUCACCCCGAGCACUUUGUCUAUGAGAUCCAGCAAUGAAACAAAUAACUUUGACCUGAGGGUGUUUAAGGAGAACCUGGUGACCUCUGCUAGUGGUGACCUUCUAAGUGUCACAACAACUGAAAAUCCCAGUUCAACCCCUGAGGAGAAAGCUCAGGCUGGCACUUCUCCCACCUCAGCUAAGGGGGAGAUGACAACAGGAGGUGUAGUUCUUUGGGCAGUGGUUCUCUCUGUGGCAGUGCUUCUUGGGGGCAUGCUGAUAUUUUGGAAAUGGAAGGUUUGCAAGAAGAGGAUCCUCAUCCUCAGAAGAAAGUCACACCUGGACUCGGUCAUUGCUCACAAAUACACGCUCAAAUCUCCAGGUUCGGACCUCGUGAACAAAUGUGCAAAGAUUGUACUGACCACUGACAGUAGGCCAGAAGAGGAGGAGUUAAUUGACAGAGUCCUUCCUUUGGAAACCAACAAUAACUUGGUGUCCAGCACAGAAAAAGCACAAAGUCCUCACUGGGGUGAUGUGACACCAAGCAGUGGGAAUGCCCCAGAUUGUCCUGUGGAUUCUCGAGUCAGAGACCACACAAAUAACAGAAUUGAAAAACUCUACAUCAUGAAGGCCGACACUGUUAUCGUGGGGUCUGUUUCAGAAGUGCCCAGUGGCAAGAACUGUGCUGUCAGAGGAUGUGAAAGUAACCUCGAUGCCCAGGAAAGCAUGGAAGAGGAACUGGAAAUGCAUUACCCAGAGCAGGAAACAGAGUCUUUUCCAGGGAAUGAUGUAAUGGUUCCUGUGGAAGAGGAAGGAAAGGAAUUUCACCACCCCACCACUGCCACUGAGAAGUGACAACCCAGAGGUAGUGUGGGAAGAUCCAGAAUCAUCCAGUGUGACACUAAGGCUGAAUUUAUGGCAAGGGAGGUAAACCCACUGUGCCUUAGAUUAUUGGGAAACUCCUGGAAAACACUGAAACACAUUCAAACCAGGAGAGCUUGAAGCUAUUUCACCUAACAAAUGAGAGCAUCAUCCAAUCUGUUUUUUGGACGAUGCCUUCAAGCUGACAUCGAAUAUUUCUAUUUCCCUCUCUCCUGGUAUCACACUGAACACAAGUUUGAAUCAAAGCUGCAUAAUUUAGAGGACAUCUGGAUGUCAGCUGAAGUUUCACAGCUUGUUUUCUCAGUGUGGAGGAAUGGAUUGAAAUCUGUGUCUGGUUACUUCUAUUAGCUGUGAAAAUUCUGGCCAGGAUUCUGAGUCAAGCUCGAGACUCAGCCAUGUCUCUUCUGUUGUUUCUAUUCCAAUAUUUCAAAUUUUGUCAUUUAUUUUGCAAUAUCUGGUAUUUUCUCAAGGCUUCAAAUAGGCUUUUGAUUGAAAAUGAGAAUAAUCUUAGUUUUCCUUAGCAUAAACAUAGCUCUCAAGUUUGUGGACUUCAUAUUUCUUGAGGAAUUAGGAUCAAAAGGUGCCACACAGGCUCUGAAAAUAGAAGGCAAAUAAAAUUAAUUGUACUUUAGGCCAUUCUUUCUAGGUUUUGAAGUCUGAUUCUUAUUUUUUUGACUACAUCAGAUCAUAAGUAAGUGGACAAAGCAGCCUCUUCUGAUGGAAGCCAAACCGAACAUUUGGCUUUUGGAUGAACUAUGGGUUAAGCCAAAUGUGGAGCCUGUAAAAAGAGAAAUGAAGAAAUUAUUUUUCUACUGAAAAAGAGGCACAGCAGUUAAUUCCUAUAACAUUGUUAAUACCUACUUGUUUUAGAAUUGUUCAUAAUAGUCAGGGUGACACUGAUUUGCAUAUCCUUUAAAAACAAACCUGUUUGGUGGCCAACUGGCAUGAGUUAUGCUAUUUUUAAAUCUUUUGUGCCGUUUGUUCAAUGUAAUAGUGCUGACUGUACUUUUACACAGGACAGUGGAAAAUGAGCAAGGUGACAAAGUGUUUCUUAAUAAUCAAAAAAAAGGAACCACAAAACCCAUUACUUGCUUUGCAGCUUUGUACCAGCGGUGCAGCUGCAGUGACUUCUGUCUUAGAGCUCACACAGGGGCAUAAAAACAUAAAAACACCUUCUUGGGCCAGCCUGGAGCUUGAGCCUCACAUUUCAUCUCUGCCAGUCACAGGAAGGGAUUUGUUAGGAAGACCAUGACUGCUGUUUGCACUCAUCAUAGUUCUGCAGUUGCAGCUGGCAUUGGAUUAAGGAUGUCAAAGAGUUUGACUCAGCCUUUAUUAUUCUCUGAUAUCACCAUUAGUUUUUCGUGUCUCUUGAAUUUCCAAGUACAAUCUGCCUCCAUAAGCACCUGUGGCAAAAGAGUACAGAUAUCAUGCACUGUGUAAAGGACUUUUAGCACUUUUAAACUGGCCUCUUUAUUUCAGUGAAUGUCCCUUGUUCUUACAGAAGUCAGUGAGUUGCUUUUUAUUUUUUCUUUUUCAACCAAGUUGCUUUUGCAAUUGAUUGUAUCUCAGCUUUGAUUGAACUAAGCCUCAAAGAUCAGUUCCCAUCUUUUCAUAUUAGUAUUCAUGUUAGUAUUACUCAUGUAAGUUUGAUGCUCCACUGCCUUGGUCACUUUAGUUGAUCUUUUCCACAUCUAUUUUAACUUCACUACAUACUUCAUUUAGAGAAGACCAAUUAGUGAAUCCAAAAACUGAAAAACUGCAUUUACCUGGCUGUGAUUGUUUGGGGCUGUUCUGCAAUGACUGUAAUUGUGUAUUUCCACUCUGUAUAUUAAUUAAUCUUUUUUACUGGAACAGCUUUCUAAAAGAACCAUAUGCAUUGCAACCUGCUGGAUGUGUUAUAGUUAGUUGGUUUAAUAAUGCUGGUAAUCUGAAUUAAAAAUUACA